AUGAGAGUUAAAAAAACCCCAAGCCUCAUUCAGCAUCCAGAAAGCUCUGCUCACCAUUAAUAAAAGGGCUGGGAGGGGGGUGUUUCUUCGCCUAUGGAUCAUGGAGAAGAGUGGAGGCCACUGUCCUUCCCUGGAAGCUGCAAACAACAUCCUGUUAGAAAGAAGCAGAACUGGAUGAAAAGAAGCCAACUAAAAGAAGCUACUGGUUACUGUACAUCAAACUGCACUGAGACUCCAGCAAGGGAUGACCGUCUGGGACAGAUUGUAAACGUCUCUGCUUUGUUCAAAAUCAACCAACCAGAGGUAAGCUCUGUUGACUGUGGGAUUGGGAAGGACCCAUAAGGAAAUCUUAACUUCUGAAUGCCCAUCCUUGCUCUGAAAUUGUAGAGGCCAUGGGAAAAGCCAAGAAAGAAGAGGAGGCUGUUUUUCUAAGGAAAAAGAUCACUUUGCUGAGGGCUUUUUCACUCCUCGUUGGCAGCAUGGUGGGCAGUGGUAUCUUUAUCUCUCCAAAAGGGGUGUUGAAACACUCCGGCAACGUGGGUGUCUCCUUAAUCGUUUGGUUUGCCUGCGGGAUUCUCUCUCUAUUUGGUGCCUUGUGCUAUGCAGAACUUGGAACAAGAAUCACAAAGUCUGGAGGACAUUAUAUCUAUAUACUGGAGACACUGGGGCCUUUGCCAAGUUUCUUGUAUCUGUGGGCCGAGUACUUUGCUAUCAGGCCAGCCAACAGUGCAGUGAUUUCUCUGGCAUUUGGAAACUACAUAUUGGAACCAUUUUUUGCCCCCUGUGCAGCCCCACUUCCUGCUGUGAAGCUCGUUGCUCUCUUGGGGUACUACAUAGUCCUCAUCCUGAACUCUUGGAGUGUCAGCUGGACUGCCAGGCUUCAGAACGUCCUAUCUGUCAUCAAACUCCUGGCUCUCAUGCUCAUCAUUGUGCCAGGGAUGAUGCUUCUGGCCCAAGGCCACACUGAAAAUUUCCAGGAUGCUUUCAGUAGUCAAUCGCUGGCUUUGGACAAGCUGCCCUUGGCUUUUUAUGCUGGGAUGUUUGCGUAUUCAGGCUGGUUUCAAACUAGCUUUGUGCGAGAAGAACUGGUCCGACCUGAACGAAAUAACCCACUGGCUGUGAUAGUGUCUGUGGUCACUGUAAUUGUGGGGUACAUGCUCACCAACGUUUCCUAUUAUACAGUCUUGACAGCAGAGGAUGUGCUGGCUUCCCAGGCUGUGGCUGUGAGUUUUGCACAAAAAGCUUUCCAAAGACUUGUCUCCGUGAUUCCCAUCCUGGUUGCCCUGUCCUGCUUUGGAACCAUGAAUGGGGGGAUCUUUACAUUUUCAAGGACCCUAUUUGUGGCUUCAAGGGAGGGUCAAUGGCCUCCUCUCUUCUCCAUGAUCCACAUCCGAAGGCACACUCCCCUUCCAGCCGUCAUGUUAAUGUUGCCACUGAUUACCGCCAUGGUGUGUGUUGGAGACAUCUACCAUCUCCUGAAUUUCUUCAGCUUUUCCCGAUGGCUCUUCAUAGGAUUAGCCACACUGGGGCUCAUCAUCCAUCGUUACCGUCACCCGGAGCUGCCCAGGCCAUUCAAGGUUCCCCUCUUCAUUCCUGUCUCCUUCACUGUCAUCUGCCUCUUCGCAGUGGGAAUGUCUUUCUACUCAGACCCGGUGUAUGUCAGCAUUGGCUGUGCCAUGGUUUUGAGUGGUUUUCCAGUCUACUUCUUGGUGAUCAGCAGGCCAAUACCUGACUGUUGCCGUACCACAUUCUAUUAUCUUACAUUCAAACUUCAGGUACUGCUGGAAGUAGUCAGACAGGAAAUCAGGACUUAUUGAAGACCACAUCUUAUUGGAGAAGACACAUACUGGCUUGUCCAAUGAAAGCCACUAGUCCCAUUUCUGAUCCUUUUGGCCUGCUAAGAGACCAGGAGGCACUCUUAAUUUUGCAGUGAGUGCGGUGCAACUAGAGAUGUCCAGAACAAAUAACUUAGAUCCAAACACCUCCAAGCUUUGAUGAUCUGGAUUUUGCAUCCGCUUCUAUCUUUCUAAACCCAAACUUCACAUCUGACCAGCUGACUUUUGGAGGUGUUCAAAAUCAAGAUUCAAAUUUUGUAGGUUGGUUCAUCUCUCAGUGACACAGAGGGCCGGCUCCAGACUCCAGCGCACCAAUUGCACGCUUGG